CCUAUUGUUUUUCUUUAACUUCGGCCCUGCCGCCUGUAUUUUUAUUUAGGUUAUAAAGAUUCCCACUUUCAUGCAGAUCCCCAUUUUAGUCACUUUAGCCGCUGCAGCCAUCUUUUUUUGCUCUGCUCAGAUCACUUGAUGUGCAGCCCCUGAACACAUCUCUUCAUAAAAGGUUGGUUGGUAGAAAAUGGUGGCGAUGUCUCAGCUUCGUUGUUCUCCUCUUACGGGUUACUAUCAGAAUCAUAAUCAAAGUCGUGAUCUUUCUGGUGUUUCAGCCAGAUUUUGUGAUAAUAGGGUUUGUUUUAACCCUUUGAAAACUGGGUAUAUUGUGUCUAAACAAGUGGAUCACCUGAGGUAUCAAGUUCCUUGUGUUGGUGGAGGUGAUGGAGGAAGUAUUGGGAUUGGAAGGGGUAGUGGGGGUGGUGGGGGUGGGGGUAGUGGUGAUUGGAGUAAAGGUGGAGAUUCAGAUGAUUCAAAGUCUUCUUGGGAUAGUAUUGGACCAAUUGGUGCUUUUGUUAAUGGCUGGAGAUCAAGGGUGGCUGCAGAUCCACAGUUUCCUUUUAAGGUUCUUAUGGAGGAAUUGGUUGGUGUUAGUGCUAAUGUUCUUGGAGAUAUGGCAUCAAGGCCUAAUUUUGGGCUUAAUGAAUUAGAUUUUGUGUUUUCGACACUUGUUGUUGGUUCAAUUAUGAAUUUUGUGUUGAUGUAUCUGUUGGCACCAACGGCAUCUGCUUCGAUCCAAACUCUCCCUUUGAUGUUCGCCAGUUGUCCACCGAGCCACAUGUUUCAGUCUGGUUCUUACGGUUUAUUGAGUAGGCUUGGUACAUUUGUGUACAAAGGAACUCAGUUUGCUGCAGUUGGAUUUGCAGCAGGGCUUGUUGGGACUGCAUUAUCUAAUGGUUUAAUCAAGUUGAGGAAGAAGAUGGAUCCGAAUUUCGAAACACCAAACAAGCCACCUCCUACACUUUUGAAUGCAGCAACUUGGGCAAUACACAUGGGUCUCAGUAGUAAUUUAAGAUAUCAAACACUUAACGGUGUUGAGUUUGUGCUAGCUAAAGGUCUUCCUCCUUUGGUAUUUAAGACCUCGGUUAUUGCUUUGAGAUGCGCAAAUAACAUUCUUGGGGGAAUGACAUUCGUCAUGUUAGCAAAGUUCACAGGAUCACAGAAAGCAGAUAAACCAGAUGAAGGAAAGGUUGUUCGUGUUGAAGACACACUAGUUGGAGAGAAAGAGAGGUUGCUGGACCAGAAUGACAGUAUGCAUACUGCUGAUGCUGCUUCAAAGUGAUUAUCAAUAUUUGUUUCAAAUACACACCAAUCCAAAACCGGCUCCCUCCCUCCCUCCCGGUAGAGCCAUUUUACCCGCUGCUCUCUUACUAUGAUCUAUAAAUAAAAAUGAACUUUGCUGUCUUUUUAGUCCAAGAAAUAGUCUUCUGACUUCUUGUAGGAGCUUGGAGUGUGUCAACCAUGUCUAACUUUGGUUCCAUAGAACAAAACAUGAGUUUCCUCAUAUUGAUUUGAGGAUUUGUUUUCUGUUCCUUUGUGUGGUUUACGAUGACAUGUUAUGUGAUCUAAAGCUAACAUUACUUCAAAACUACGAGUUUUGCCUGUUUUGUUGUA